AGAGCGAGCGGAGCCUCAGCCAGCUCCAGCCGGCGGCGGGAGCUGGAGCGCAGCGCAUCUCAGCGCAGCUUCAUCCGUCCGCAGAGCCGACUGAGCUGGAAGCAGAGCGCUGUUGCUAGAGGCAGGCUAUGGGGGCAGGUGCUGCGGGCCGCGCCAUGGACCGGCCGCUCCUGCUUCUGCAGCUGCUGCUCCUAGGGGUGUCCCUCGGAGGUGCCAAGGAGACAUGUCCCACAGGCCUGUACACCCACAGUGGAGAGUGCUGCAAAGCCUGCAACUUGGGGGAGGGUGUGGCCCAGCCCUGUGGAGCCAACCAGACUGUGUGCGAGCCCUGCCUGGACAGUGUGACUUUCUCUGAUGUGGUGAGCGCCACCGAGCCCUGCAAACCGUGCACGGAGUGCUUGGGCCUGCAGAGCAUGUCGGCGCCUUGCGUGGAGGCCGACGAUGCGGUGUGCCGCUGCGCCUACGGCUACUACCAGGACGAGGAGACCGGCCGCUGCGAGGCAUGCAGUGUGUGCGAAGUAGGCUCGGGGCUCGUGCUCUCCUGCCAGGACAAGCAGAACACUGUUUGCGAGGAGUGCCCCGAGGGCACAUACUCGGAUGAGGCCAACCACGUGGACCCGUGCCUGCCCUGCACGGUAUGCGAGGACACAGAGCGCCAGCUGCGCGAGUGCACACCCCGGGCUGAUGCCGAGUGCGAGGAGAUCCCUGGCCGAUGGAUCACAAGGUCUCCACCCCCAGAGGGCUCUGACAGCACAGUCCCCAGCACUCAGGAGCCUGAGGCACCUCCAGAGCAAGACAUUGUAGCCAGCACAGUGGCAGAUAUGGUGACCACUGUAAUGGGCAGCUCCCAGCCUGUAGUGACCCGAGGCACCACCGACAACCUCAUUCCCGUCUAUUGCUCCAUCUUGGCCGCUGUGGUAGUGGGCCUUGUGGCCUACAUUGCCUUCAAGAGGUGGAACAGCUGCAAGCAAAACAAGCAGGGGGCCAAUAGCCGCCCGGUGAACCAGACACCCCCACCUGAGGGAGAGAAACUCCACAGUGACAGUGGCAUCUCUGUGGACAGCCAGAGCCUCCAUGACCAGCAGCCGCACACGCAGACCACCUCAGGCCAAGCCCUCAAAGGUGAUGGCAACCUCUAUAGUAGCUUGCCCCCAACCAAGCGUGAGGAGGUAGAGAAGCUGCUCAAUGGCUCUGCAGGGGACACCUGGCGGCAUCUGGCAGGCGAGUUGGGCUACCAGCCUGAGCAUAUAGACUCCUUCACCCAUGAGGCCUGCCCAGUUCAUGCCCUGCUGGACAGCUGGUUUGCCCAGGACAGCGCGACACUCGAUGCUCUUUUGGCUGCUCUGCGCCGUAUCCAGAGAGCUGACAUUGUGGAAAGCCUGUGCAGCGAGUCCACAGCCACAUCCCCUGUGUGAGCCUACCGAUCUGGAGCCCCUGUCCUGCCCCACAUUCCAACGACUGAUGCUCUAGCCAGCCCCCAUGGAGCUGUUCCCUUGGGGUGGCCCAGCAGUCAGAGCUGAGUUCCUCUGUGCAGGGCCUCCAAGCCCAGAUCUCCAAACCACAGCCCUGUCGCUGCUCCUGAGGGGCCCCUUGCUUCUGACCACACUCCCUCUCCAAUGAGAGACAGGACCUCCCACCCCUGCCCUGCCCUAUCACCAUCUCAGGCCUUCCCUACCUUUCCCACACCAUAGCUGGUGUCAUAUCUGGGGGUUGACACCAGGGAUGGUAGCAGGGGCAAAGGCCCAGAGACUCAGGCGGUACUGAAGAAUCAGAGCCAUGGACUCUACACUGUGAACUGGGGAACAGGGAGCAUCGUGGUAGUCUAGCCUCUCCUCAGGCCCCUCCCUACUCCCCUCUGGCCAAAGAUGAAGAGAAUCACAGGCCUAUCUGAGCUGGAAGCCAAUUUGAAACCCAGUCUACAACCCUCUCUUACACACAAGAUAGUGAGGCCCAGAGAGAGGCAGAGACUGGCCUAAGCCAUCUGGCAACAAGGAGAUCAAAUGUAGGCUGACACCCUCCUUUCUGAAUGUAAACAUUAGGGUUGCUUGAUGGCAAGGAUGGGGUGAAUUUCAGGGAAAUGUCUGGAAGCCAGGUCUGCCCUAUCUUCCAUCACUUGCAGGCCCCUGCCCAGCUGCUGUGGAGACGACCUGGUCUAUUGGCCCAUCCUGAUGAAGUUAGGUUUGGGGAAUGGGGAGUUGCCUCUGUCUGCCUCUGUCAGGCUUGUCCACAUGAUAUUUGUGAAGUGAUGUAUCUGUCAGUGCCCUCAUUCUUGGCAUAGACCUGGAGCCAACACUGGCCCUUAGAAUCAACCCUAGGGAUCAGGGACUAAAGACUCCUAUCCCACCACACACAUACAUACACACCCCACAUGAGGAAACAUCUUGCUUUCCUUCCAUGUCUUCCUCUUUGGGGGCUGAGACUGGAUCCUGCCGCUAGGGUUGCUGCCAAAGAGGUAUCAGAGGAAGCUGAGCUUCAUGGGGCUGUCUUCCUCGCCCCCGGGCUUGGCAAGCCAAGAACUGCUGAGGCCUGAGAUGGCGUCUGUCUUCCAAGGGCCUGUGCGUGGAGGAAUGCUCCCACUCCUCCUCUUCCCAAAGCCCUGGAUUUGGCUGCACCCAGGAGGCUGAAAUGAAGAAAAACAGACAGCAAGAAAGAACUGGACUGUGGCCGGUGGUGGGUCUCUACCAAGUUCUCUACAAAGGACUGAUUUCCUGAGCGCCACCAGAAAGGGGCAUGAGGUCUCAGUGGCAUUUUUUACCCCCUCCCUGGCCUGUUCUGUUUUGCUUGCUAUUGGAAUGAGUGCGGCUUUCCCUCUAUUUAGCAUGAAGGUGCCCCAGGCAGGGUAUGCACGAACUGACCAGCACCCCUCCCCACCCAGGGUCCUCCAAACCCUGUAUAAGCGACCAGGAGCAUUGUAAGCAGGUAGCAUUUUGUGGAUCUCAAUCUGCAAUGAGGAGAGGAACCCCACCUGCUGGCCCUUCCCUGGGGCAUCUGGGGAGCAGGACAGUCUGUGUGUAUUUUCCUCCACAGCAGUUGGGGAAAGGGAGGGAGCUGCAAGUAUGGUUUAGCAUGUGUUUGGUUCUGGGCCCCCUCCUGCCUCCCUUUGGGCCGAGAUGAGAACUUUUUUGGCCCUUUAACUGGGGGCUGUGAGUUCCAGACCCCCCCAAUCACCCUCCCUGUCACCUCCCCUUGCAUCCUGUGUAAUCAUUUCUUGGGCCCUCCUGAAACCUACACAUAAAACAUAAGUGAUGAACAUUAAAUAGCAA